CCUGCUACGUCAGAGGCUCAACCACCAUACUUUCUUCCACCAACUCUUUCCUCUCUGUACUGGAGUUGACUCUUUCCUCUCUGUCGUGUGUGAAAAUGGCGGCAGCAGCAGGAGAAGAAGUGAAAGUGCCCAGAAUCAAGCUGGGUUCGCAGGGGCUUGAAGUUUCAGCUCAGGGGCUGGGCUGUAUGGGCAUGUCAGCCUUCUAUGGCCCGCCCAAGCCCGAGCCCGACAUGAUCAAGCUCAUCCACUAUGCUAUUGACCGAGGCAUCACCCAUUUCGACACCGCCGAGAUGUACGGGCCGUACACCAACGAAAUACUCGUCGGCAAGGCUUUGAAGGGAGGGAUACAAGAGAAAGUGGAGAUAGCAACAAAAUUUGGGGUCAGAUUUGUGGAUGGAAAGCGGGAGGUUUGUGGUGAUCCAGCUUAUGUAAGGGCUGCAUGUGAGGGAAGCUUGAAACGACUUGGUGUUGACUGCAUUGAUCUCUACUAUCAACAUCGGAUUGAUACACGUCUUCCCAUUGAAAUCACGAUAGGAGAGCUUAAAAAACUGGUUGAAGAGGGUAAGAUAAAGUACAUAGGUCUAUCUGAGGCCUCAGCUUCAACAAUUAGAAGAGCACAUGCUGUUCAUCCUAUAACAGCUGUACAGCUGGAGUGGUCAUUGUGGACCAGAGAUGUGGAGGAAGAGAUUAUUCCUACUUGCAGAGAACUUGGCAUAGGAAUUGUGGCUUACAGUCCACUUGGACGAGGAUUUUUCUCAUCAGGUCCAAAGUUGAUGGAGAAUUUGGCUGAUGGUGACUUCCGAAAGUUUUUGCCAAGAUUACAACCAGAAAAUGUUGAGCAUAACAAGAGCUUGUUUGAGCGCGUUAAUGACAUCGCUUCAAGGAAGGGUUGUACCCCAUCACAGCUAGCAUUGGCAUGGGUCCAUCACCAGGGAAGUGAUGUUUGCCCCAUACCUGGCACUACCAAAAUUGAGAACCUGAAAGAGAAUAUUGGAGCUUUAUCUGUAAAACUGUUAGCAGAGGAUCUUGCUGAGCUUGAAUGCCUUGCUUCAUCUGGAGUCAAGGGUGAUAGAUAUGGGUCCGGCACUGCCACUUGGCAAAAUUCUGAUACUCCACCUUUGUCAACAUGGAAGAGUGCAUGAAAACGACCUUUGUUGUGGUGAUAAUUCUUAUAACCAUCUGCCUGAUGGUCCAUUUUCAUUGCUUUGAGGGUUUAAUAGCUUUGUUCCAAUAAAAAGUUAAUCCUUGUGGUGACCACAGAUUCUGUAUUUGAUUAAAGAUUGGGUCGUGUGAAAAAACUGGUUGUUCUUGUACCAGGACAUGCUGAGUAUAUCUUUUGCAGCUCUUGAAUGAAUGGAUAUGAUGUUUUAUCCUUUGUAUUC